AUGACUUAUCAGAACACCCUGAAACUUUUGUCCAUGGCAGAAGGGAUUGUCCCCAACUUCAAAUGUGAGAAGAAGAAAAGUAAGAUAGCUUUUAUUGGGGGACUUGACUCUGACAUCUCCCUCCACAUGGCUACUGUCUUAAGCAUCUACAAGAUUCCACAGAUUGCUUACUGUGUAUUAGCUCCAGUGAGAAGCCCAGAGUUGCAGCCCCAGACCUUCUACCGAACGGUGCCCAAUGAGAAAUAUCAAUAUGCAGGGAUUGUCAUGCUACUUCUACAUUUCCAGUGGACAUGGGUAGGAAUUGUGGCAUCCGAUGAUGAAAACGGAGAGAGCUUUAUGCAAAGCUUAGUGCCAAUGCUUUCCCGGCAUGGCGUCUGUACAGCUUUCGAUGAAAAACUACCAGCCGUAUCUCAGGGCAUAGUUGAUAUCAGUUUCUUGGAACUCAUUCGGGCCAAGUCCUCAUUCCUGAUGGCCUCAGAAGUUAACAUAUUAGUUCUGUGUGCAGAACCUGAGACCAUUACAGUUGUGAAAUGGAUGCAAUAUUUCUAUUCAGUAGCUGAAGAUGUUGCAGAGAAUUCUACAGGCACCGUGUGGAUUUUGACAGCCCAGUGGGCUUUCUCUUCAGAAACAAUGCAAAGGUAUUACGAUAUACAAGUCUUUGAUGGUGCCUUGUCUUUUGCAAUUCACACAGAGAAAGUCCAGGGAUUUAAAGACUUCCUUCAGACCCUGAACCCCAACUCUCCAAAGGGAGAUGGGUUCCUCCAGGCUUUUUGGCAACGGGCAUUCAAUUGUUUAUUUUCUGCUUCCAAUGAGAGCAAUGAAAACACAAAGACCUGCACUGGCCAUGAGAGUCUGGAGAGCCUUCCUGGGCAUAUCUUUGAAAUGACCAUGACUGGCCAAAGUUACAGUAUCUAUAAUGCAGUUUAUGCCAUUGCACAUACUUUACAUCAGAUGCACUCAUCCAGGUCAAAACGCAGAAUGAUGGCAGGCAGAGGUGGGCUUGAUCCUCCAAAACUGCAACCUUGGCAGCUGCACUCGUUCUUGAGGAGUAUCUCCUUCAACAACAGUGCUGGUGACUUAGUGUCCUUUGAUGAGAAGGGGGAAUUAGCAGGUGGAUUUGAUAUUAUUAACUGGGUUACUUUUCCAAACCAAACCUUCUCCCAUGUGAAAGUAGGAAAGAUAGUUCCACAAGAUUCACAAAAUGUAGACUUCAGCAUGGAUGAGGAAGCCAUCACAUGGCACAGCUUUUUUAAUCAGUUUUCUGGGAUGGUACUUUCUAUGAUGUUAACAUCAGUGCUGCUUCCUCCAGAUGAGUGCAAGGCUGCUGUUGCUCCGUGUUCCAUCAGUGACCCUCUUCCUAUUCUUCACAAAUAUUUCCAGUCUGGAGAUGUUGUUAUUGCCGGCAUUAUGUCUCAAAUCUAUAUAACUUCAAGCAUAGCCUUCAAUGAACGUCCUACACCUGAACUCUUUGAUGACAUUCUCCAUUUCAGUGCAAGCUGGACCUACCAAGCCUCCAUGGAACUUCUCUCUAGCCAAGAAAGACUCCUCCCCAACUACAAGUGUGAUGUUCAGGAGACUCCAAAGGUGGCCAUUGGGGGGCCAAACUCCGAUUUAUGUCUCUACAUGUCAACCAUCCUGUCUACGUACAAGAUGCCCAGACUCAUCUAUGGCUCUUCUCCUGUGACGAAUGAUGACAUGCAAGCCCCUUUCACCCACUGGAUAUUCCCAGAUGGGGCUCAGCAAUACGAGGGAAUCCUCCAGUUACUGCUGCAUUUCUGUUGGGUGUGGAUCGGUGUGCUUUUUGUCCACGGUGACCCUGGAGAGAGAUUUGUACAAAAUGUUCUCCCCAUGUUUGCCCAGAAGGGCAUCUGCUUUGAUUUUAUAGAAAGUUUCCCUAGGUUUACCUCUUCUGGAGAGUUUGAUGAAAUGGUGGAAGAAGGUUCGAAAACAAUCAGCAUUAUUGUGGGAAGCACUGCCAAUGUUGUAGUUGUGCAUGGUGAAAUUGAAACAAUUAUGGUAAUGAGAACGAUACCCAAACUUGCAGAAACAAAUGAUGUGCCAAUACAAGGAAAUACAAAAGUCUGGAUUAUGACAGCCCAGAUGGAUUUCACAUCAUUACCCAUUCAAAGAGGUUGGGACAUCACAUUCUUCCAUGGGGCUCUAUCCUUUGCAGUUCACUCUAAGGAUCUUUCAGGGUUCCAGAAAUUUAUUCAGAUGAGAAACCCUACCUUGGAAAAAGAAGAUGGCUUUCUCAGGGUUUUCUGGGAAGAGGCAUUUAAUUGUGGUUUCCCUGACCCUGCUUCAGAGAAGAAAGAUGGCAAAUUCUGCACUGGGGAGGAGAAUAUUGAGAGCCUUCCUGGGUCUGUUUUUGAAACGAGCAUGAUAGCCCACAGCUACAGCAUCUACAAUGCAAUCUAUAUUUUGGCACAUGCUUUGCACACCAUGCAGUCCACCAAAUUAAAUUGUAGAGCAAUGGCAGGUGGAGCAAGGUGGGAAUUUACAGAUCAACAGCCGUGGCAGCUUCACCACUUUCUGGGAAGAGUUUCAUUUAAUAAUAGUGUUGGAGAAGAAGUUUCCUUUGACCAAACUGCGAAAUUAGUAGCUGGAUUGGAUGUAAUAAAUUGGGUCACAUUCCCAAAUCAGUCAUUUCUGAGAGUCAAAGUUGGAACAAUGGACCCACAAGCUCCCCCAGAAAAGAGGUUAACCAUUCAUGAGGAUGGUAUCAUGUGGCCCAACUGGUUCAACCAGGCACAACCCACUUCUCUGUGUAAUGAGAAUUGUCAUGUAGGUUAUAGAAAGAACAAAAAGGAAGGAAAGCCAUUCUGCUGCUAUGAUUGCCUUCCGUGUCCAGAAGGGAAGAUCUCAAACAAGGAGGACAUGAAUGACUGUUUAGAAUGCCCUGGAGAUCAAUAUGCAAACAAUGAACAGGAUGGCUGCCUCCCCAAAGACAAAACAUUCUUGUCUUAUGGAGAACCGUUGGGGAUCAGUUUGGCCACGUUGGCCCUCUUCUUUUCCUUCAUCACAGCUUUGGCGCUUCAAAUAUUCACAAAGCACAGAGAUACUCCGAUAGUCAAAGCCAACAACCGCAACCUCACUUAUAUUCUCCUCCUUUUCCUCCUGCUCUCCUUCCUUUGUGCUCUGCUCUUCAUUGGCCAGCCUCAGGAAGUCACCUGCCUCCUUCGACAAACUGCUUUUGGCAUGAUCUUCUCAGUGGCAAUUUCUUGCAUAUUGGCCAAAACUGCCAUUGUGGUUCUAGCUUUCAUGGCCACCAAGCCAGGGUCCACCAUGAGGAAGUGGCUGGGGAAACAACUGGCCAGCUCCAUUGUUCUUUCCUGCUCCCUUAUUCAAGCCACAAUCUGUAGCAUAUGGCUGGCCACUUCUCCUCCUUUCCCAGAUGUUGACAUGCACUCAAUGACUGAAGAAAUAAUACUAGAAUGUAAUGAAGGCUCCACUGUCAUGUUUUAUUGUGUCCUGGGAUUCAUGGGUUGGCUGGCCAUGGUGAGCUUCACGGUGGCUUUCCUAGCUAGAAAGUUGCCUGACAGUUUCAAUGAAGCCAAAUUCAUCACCUUCAGCAUGUUGGUCUUUUGCAGUGUGUGGUUGUCCUUUGUUCCAACCUACUUGAGCACCAAGGGCAAAUACAUGGUGGCUGUGGAGAUCUUCUCCAUCUUGACCUCCAGUUUUGGGUUACUGGGCUGCAUCUUUAUCCCCAAAUGCUAUGUUAUUUUACUGAGGCCUGAGCUGAACAGCAGGGAGCAGCUCAUAAGAAGACAAGGUAUAAAACUCUUGUGUUUGUCAGAAUUGGAUCUAGGAACAGCUUUAACUCUCCUUACAGUUCAGUCCCAAAGAAUUAUCAGCACAUCCUGGCCUUAG